UCUCUCUCUAUUCAACCCCUAUUGGAAUUUUGUUUUAUCUCUUGGAGAUAAGAGAGGGUACAGAGAGAAGUGAUCAUAUGAAGAUCCCCUCUAAUUAGUCUCUCUCUCUCUCUCUCUCUCUAGUCUCCAAGUCUCUCCACUGUGGGAUGUGAUCAUAACUUAAUAUAAGCAAAAGGGAUCAGAGGAAAUGACUUGGUGCAGUGAUCAGAAGACGGGACAAGAUGAUGACCAGUCAAGGGAGACAAGUUCUGUUGAUCCAUCUUCCCCAUCAAAGACCAAGGAGCAGCCUGCAGCCAUUGCUAAUGCUAAAAGCUCUCAUCAACUUCAUCACCAUCAGCCUCCUAAUAUCCCAGUCAGAACUUGUCCUUCUUGUGGCCAUGAGAUCAACCUCAUCAAUGAUCAGGGUGGAGGGAUUAAUGAAUUGCCGGGGCUGCCGGCGGGAGUGAAGUUUGAUCCGAUGGACCAAGAGUUGCUAGAGCACUUAGAGGGGAAGGUGAGGUCUGAUCAGCGCAAGCUUCACCGCCUCAUUGAUGAAUUCAUCCCCACCCUCGAAGGAGAGAACGGAAUCUGCUACACGCACCCAGAGAAAUUGCCAGGAGUGAGCAAAAACGGGCAGAUCCGCCACUUCUUCCACCGGCCCUCCAAAGCCUACACGACUGGUAACCGGAAACGGAGGAAGGUCCACACUGACAAUGAUGAUCAAGCCGGUGGCGAGACAAGGUGGCACAAGACUGGAAAGACGAGGCCCGUGUUCGGGAAAGGAGAGCUCAAGGGCUUUAAGAAGAUCCUUGUGCUCUACACCAAUUAUGGCAAGCAAAGAAAGCCCGAGAAGACAAACUGGGUCAUGCACCAAUAUCACCUUGGCGACAACGAAGAAGAGAAAGAUGGGGAGUUGGUGGUUUCCAAGGUUUUCUAUCAAACACAACCUAGACAAUGUGGGAACAACAACCAUAACAAUCAUAACAACAUUAAUAGCAAUCUAGGGGUUGGAAAGGGUUCUUCAAUGGGUGUUGGGUCGAAGAUGAAUGGGACAGUGACGCCUGAGGGUUCCCAUUGUUUGAAGAAUCAAGCUGUGGUGGAGUACUUCAAUUCCCCUUUCAUAUCUUUUGAUCAAGGAACACAAAAUAGGGGCAAUUCUCAGCAGAUGUUGCCUCAUUUUGCUGUACAUGACGGGUCCUCUCUCGUACCAAACUAACCGGCAAAGGCGGCAGAAAUGGAGACGAGUGGUGAUUAUCUGACCGCGCAACUCUGCCAUCUCACCUGAUCUAAUGCGAUGCACAGUCCUGUUGUUAUUGGGAAAGUCAACUUCUUUAGGGAGAUUAUGUAGGGGAUUUUGCGACCUCAUUGAGACGAAGAAUAAGGUUUCCGAAAAUGGAGACCGCAAGGAUAUAGAUUUUCUCAGGUGAAUACAUACAAUAAUCUUAAUUGCUACAUAUGAAGAACUUAUUAUCAUUCAUCGCAUUUCUUUUUAUUAUUAUUGCUAUAUAGAUUCAAUUGCAGUAUGCCUGCAAUAUGCUUUGUACGAUGUAUGAAUGUGGCGCAACUGUAACUCUUUUAACUGUACAAAAGACAUUGUUGCUGGUAGCUAGUAAAUAAUUUAUUACGCA